AUGUCCUGCUGUGGCGACUUCGACGACUACGCCGAGAUCGAGCAACAUCAACAUCAACAUAAGUCCGCAGCUCCCUGGCCAGAAUCCGAGAGCGUAGGUAGACGACAACAGCCACGUCGAAUGAUGGAUGCCCACUCGAACCGGACCCACGGGUGGCCGGCCCCGUACGGCGCGCAAGACCAACACCGAGGACCACGAGUUCCCCCGCGAAGGAGCCCGCGCAAUGACUACGAACUCAAUCGGGCUGCCGUCGGACUCCCCGGAAGCGACUUCCUCAACUACUACGGCCCGAGCCGGGUGCAGCAGAGCCAGCGCGCCCUCCCGAUCUACCACCCCAGCCAUCAGCAGCAGCAGCGGGUAGCGGCCUCGCAGCCGCAGGUCACCUACACGCCUGCCGCACAGCGGCACGUCAGCUCGCGCGGCGUCAUCGUCGACCAGCCCCACCGCCACAACAACAUGUCCUCCUCCCGCCCCGUCGCCGGCAUCGACAUGCCCGUGAUCCAGAACGUGGGCGCGCGCCAGGCCGUGCGCGACCACCUCGUCCACCCGCACCACCAGGCGAUGCCGGCCCGGAAGCCGGUGAUCCAGGAGGUGAGGCCGGCGUACCACCAGCAGUCCGCGCCCAGGCGCAAGCCGGUGCCUGCGCCGGCACGGCAGGCCACGCCGUUUGCGCAGCGGCCGGCGCGGAUGGUCAGACGAGACAGCAACGGGGUCAGCGAGUUCGGCAGCGACGAUGAGUUCGACCGUGACGCGCUGCGGGGCUACAAUGUCUCGCCCGUUGGGCCGUCUGGUCGGAACGGCACAAACAUGCAUGCCCGGACGGGCUAUGGUUACGGCCAAGGGGGGGCGUUCUAG